AACCCAACAAGCCUCCACCAGUGGCCAACGGCGAGCUGCGCCUCAACGGCAAGGGGAAGAAGCUGCGCAAACCACGCACCAUCUACUCCAGCCUGCAGCUGCAGGCCCUCAACCAACGCUUCCAGCAGACCCAAUACCUGGCGCUGCCCGAGCGUGCCGAGCUGGCGGCCCAGCUGGGGCUCACCCAGACCCAGGUCAAAAUCUGGUUCCAGAACAAGCGCUCCAAAUACAAGAAGAUCAUGAAGCAGGGCUCGAGUGCGCCCGAUGGGGAGCAGCACCUGCACACCUCCUCCUCACUGUCCCCCUGCUCCCCCAGCAUCCCCCCGCUCUGGGACAUCCCUGUGCCGGGCAAAGGGCCCCCGCUGCCCCCCAACAACUACAUCAGCAGCUUUGGAGCCUGGUACCAGCCGCACCCUCAGGACUCCAUGCCCCGUGGUCCCAUGAUGUGACACCACUAUGGCUGCAGCACCCAGCGGCUCCGGGAGGGCCAGCAAGGGGGGGACGUGCCUCCGAGCCCUGAUGGGCGAUGCUAUGGGGAACCCCAGCAAAUGGAGGAUGAAGAAGAGGAGGAGGAAGGUGACCGCUGUCU